AUGACAGAUAGUAAUUUAUUAAACUCAAUAAAUCAAUUAAAAUUCAGUUCUGAUUCCUCAUUACAACCAGAUCAAACACCAAAUACCAGUGGCAAUAAUAUGGAUUCAAACAAUACAAACUUUUUCAAUAAUGAUUAUUUACAAUUACAAUACCAACAGCAAUCAGAUUAUACGCCAAAAAGAAUUUGGAAUCAAACAUCUUACUCAAAUCAAAAUCAAAAUAAUUGGCAACAACAAAAAUUCCAACCUUUAAGUUCGAAAGAUUCUUAUGAUAAUAGUUUUUUCAAUGAUUUAGACUCUACAAACUCAACUUCAAAUAAAUAUAUGACCAACAAUUUGUUAAAUGCUCCAAGCUAUAUUCCAAAUCAAUAUACCACUAAUAAAUUCCCUCAGACUCCUUCAUCAACUAAUUCUAGAUUUAAUGAUGAUUCAUCAAAAGAAGAAAUUUCAAAAUUGAAAAAUGAAUUAAUUCUUAAAAAUCAAAUUAUUAAGAAUUUAACUGAACAAAUAAAUAUAAUGAUUAAAAAUAAAAAUAAUAAAUCAUAUUAUGAUAUGAAAGAUGAAAAUUCAAUCACAACUUAUAAAGUUCCUAGUAAUCAUUAUCAAUUAUUUCAAGAUUUAUCAAGAACUUUACAAGAAAAAUGUGAUGAAGUUGAAGAAUUAAAUCAAAGAAUGGAAAUUGUUUUAGUUUCAAGUAAUUUAGUACAUAAUCCUAAUUCAUUUGCUAUAGAUAUUGAAGAGUUAGGUCAUAAAUUAUUAACUAAAAUGAAUCAUUUACAAAAAGAAAAUGAUGAAUUGUUAAAAAUGGUUAGUUUGAGUAAUAAACAAAGUUUAAUUGUUGAAAAUGAAUUAUUGAAAAAAGGUAAUUAUGAAUAA